UUGGUCACCGGCUACCAUGGGACUGCAUCUCCUCACGAUGCUCCACUACAUUGUGGAUCAGACUUUUAGGUCAAAGGCUCCGGGUGUGGCCCCCUAAGAAGACCACCUGCUUCAGUCUGGACACCUGAGCAGUAUCACAGCCCUCACACAAAUCGAAAGAGAUUUGUAUGGCGCAUAUGUAUCUGGUGUUUCCUUUAUAUUCCAAAACUGUAUCAUUUACACAUUCAAAACUUCAAAGGAACAUUUAGGCUGGAGCCCUAACUUAAAAGUCAAUGUAAUUCGAAUAAUUUACAACACAUUUAGCUAAAACGCUAACUUUUUACCUUGUGGUCAAAAUCCGGUUUCAACAGUUCAGACCUUGUAAUCCCGGUUAAUAAUUCCAAUUUGAUACCCUGAAUACUUUCGUUUAAGUUUCGAAAACCUAGAAAACUUUGUCAAAGUGUGACUACCUAAUUAAAUUUGUGAGAACUUUGAUACAUAUUAAUCAGAUUCUACGUGACUUACAAUUAAGUAAUAUCUAGCGAUCAUGGUCAGACUUAGAUUGCCACCAAAUAGUUGUAUUUGCCAACUAGUUUUCCGCUCUCAGCAUUUUUCAUCUAACUACUUUUCUUUUGUUUCGAUAUAUGUGUUAAACUGAUUGACCUUCUUUAAUACUAGCAUUCUUAGUACUCUGGAUUCAUUAAUUGGUCUAUUUCGGAAUUUGUAUCAAUUAACUUAAUUUUGGAAAAAAUGGUAUCCGAAAAUCUCUCCAACAAUCUAAUAACAGAAGAAGAAGCUGAAUUGUAUGACAGACAAAUAAGACUAUGGGGCAUAGAAUCACAAAAUCGACUAAAACAGUCUAAAGUUUUAUUACUUGGUAUGAAUCCAUUAGCUGCAGAAAUAGCUAAAAAUAUUGUUUUGGCGGGUAUCUCCAGCCUCACAAUUAUAGAUGGUCAACAAGUCACUGAUGACGAUUUGGAGAACAACUUCCUUAUACCACGUGAUUGUGUUGGAUUAAGCCGUGCCGAUGCGGUUAUUGCUCGUACUCAAAGCUUGAAUCCAAUGGUUAAAGUACAGUCUUCUGAGUUGGGAGAUAAUCUAAAAGAUAAAUUUCAAGAAUAUAAUUUGAUCAUCCUUGUUACCGAAUGUUCAAGCGUUCAUUUUAAACGGUGGUCAACUAUAUGUAGUAUUGUGAGUGACAUGGACAUAGAUACAAGACCAUAUAUAAUAUGUGCGUCAGUAACCGGAUUGUUCGGACUCGCGUUCAUAGAUCUUGGCGCACAUGAAUGUUUGUCUGAAGAUGUGGUAGUAAAGAAAAGAUCAAUGGUAGGAUUACCAUCUGGUUCAAUUCAAAAGAUAAAUAAAACUAGUGAACCAUCAAAUACAGAGACGGUAUUUGUAAAAAAGACAUUCAACUAUUGUCGCUUGUUAGACAGCCUAUGCCUGAUUUCUAACACGUUAAAAAAUAGAUCACAUGCUAAAUUUAUUCCCAAAGGAUACUUUCUUAUGCAAGUUUUAAACCAAUGCUCUAUCGACGAAGCACCAUUUACACUACCAUAUUUACAAUCCCAAUGGCAAAAUGUAUCAAAGUUUCUGGAUAUAGAUGAAACAAUUCUUUCCAUUGAAGAUUUAGAAUGUUGUUGUGGUCCUACAAUCCCAGCUGUUAAUCCAGUACUUGGUGGUGUUGUGUCCCAGGAAAUAAUCAGGGCCAUAACACGAAAAGGUGCACCGCAUGGAAACUGGUACUUUUUUAAUGGAUCACAGUGCUCAGUUACUGUCGAUUGGUUACCGCCAGAUGAGGAGUCAUAA